UGCUGAUCUUCAAAUUUCCCACACACGCACACAGCUUCUAGCCUUUUUUUCGACAGUUUUAAUCAAAUCCUUCUUCGUUAUCAAUGGCGCCCAAGCCAGAGAAGAAGCCAGCAGAAGAGAAGAAGGCCGCCGCUGCGGAGAAAGCCCCCGCCGAGAAGAAGCCAAAGGCCGGGAAGAAGCUCCCCAAGGACGCCGGUGCUGCUUCUGGGGACAAGAAGAAGAAGAGGAUCAAGAAGAGCACGGAGACGUACAAGAUCUACAUCUUCAAGGUCCUGAAGCAAGUCCACCCUGACAUUGGUAUCUCCGGCAAGGCCAUGGGCAUCAUGAACAGCUUCAUCAACGACAUCUUCGAGAAGCUGGCUCAGGAAGCUUCCAGACUGGCGAGGUACAACAAGAAGCCCACCAUCACUUCCAGGGAGAUCCAGACUGCUGUGAGGCUUGUGCUUCCCGGUGAAUUGGCCAAGCAUGCUGUUUCAGAGGGUACCAAGGCUGUCACCAAGUUUACUAGCACUUAAUUGGUUAGGGGUUGGUUUGGGAUUAGGGUUUUUUAUGUCCGAUGGGUAAUCUUAGGGAUAGUCUUGCGGUUUAUUAGUGUUUGUUUCUUAUUUUGGCGGUUAAUUUUGUCAUCAGAAUUGCUGUGAAGGAGAAGGUUGUAAGUAAAACUGCUGGUUCUUUUGCGAAGUAAUGGAAAUCUGAAUUAGUACUUUUCUAAUUUCUGGUUUAUAAGUUUAUUCUUUAAUGUUGUGAUUUUUUUCUGGUGACCCCCUUUGGAAUUCUUGGAAUUGCUCUUUGCCUGGAUUGCUCAGCGUUUCUGUGACUGUUAAUUG